CGCGUCACGUGGCCUUUAUUUAUAUAAUGUCAUGGUGUUACACAGUAACCCAGCUUUGUGGCCGUACGCAAGUCGCUACAGGGGUUAAAGGCGGACACGGGCUACUAAAAAGAAAAAACAAAUAUAUUAAUGUGCAAAUAUUCUGUUCUGGGUCGUGUGGCGUAUAUGGAGUUCGGAGCGGUGCAUUGGACUGGAAGCUGCCUUCUUUUUAAUAUAAUUAACCUGCUUGAAAAGGGAAGAUGUCAUGUGUCCCGAACCAAAGACUAAGUUAAGGCUGGAAAUGGAUAAUGUCAGUUUUAUGCGAAAAGGACAUUUGUGAGGUGAGCGUACGAGAGCUCAAGUUAGCAUUAGCCUAGCUGGACAGAAACCGGUCGGGUUCGAGCAGAAGUGAUAGAAGAGGGGACGCUGUCUGUCAGUGUGUUAUUUAAAGGGUCCAUGCAACACUACUACACAGAAAAGCUCCUCCGUCCACAUUGCUUCGAGGAAAGAAAACAGCAUUUCUCCCCGCGGGACGUUGCGCCGGUGACAUAACCCAUCCAGCCAUGGAUCUGCUGGAGUGUCCGCUCUGCCUCUUCCUGAUGUGCGAGCCGGUGACCAUGUCGUGCGGUCACACUUUCUGCCGGAGGUGCGUGGGCGGCUGCCUCCCGUCCAAGUGCCCGGCGUGCAAAGUGAGGUUGAAACAAAGAGAGGUGAAAAGCAUGAAGAACAACGUUUUGCUCAUCAGUGUCGUGGAGAAGUGCUGCCCCGACGAGACUAGAAUGAAGUGCCAUAUACAGGAGAAGCUCAAAGCCAACGACUACACGGAAGCUUUACGCAUCGCAAAAGAGGGGCUAGACUUAGUCCCAGAUGAUCAGAGUUUGAGGGUAUACAGAGCUGAAUCCAACUGGGGCCUGAUGCGUUUCUCUGAUGCUCUGAAAGACCUUGACUACCUCUGCUGCCUUCGUCCCAACUGGACCGAGGGCUUCUUUCGUAAAGGGAAUGUACUCCUGGAAAUGGGUCAGCAGACAGAAGCCCUCAUCCAGUUCCACCAUUGCCUAAAACUUCAAGCUGACUAUGUUCCUGCAAAGAGCCAGAUCAAGAAGAUCCUGGAGGCAGAGGGCAUGGCUAUGCCGGAGGAGGUGUCCUGCAUCCUGCAGGUGGUGUCAGAGUACCUAAAAGAGCCCUGCCCCAUUACCAGCCUCAGUGGCCCGCAGGGGCCAACACACCCUGAGGGCCUCAAACAUCCCCUCGGAGAAGAGGGAGAGGGUAAAGGGAGGAGAGAGGCACACCAGGUGAAACACGACACGGGUACUGAGUGCUGCCUCAGCCUCUGCCAAGCUGUUUCCUUCCUCCCUGCUGCUGAAGAGGACGAGGAGAUGGUGAUGAGGAAAGAAGAUGGGCAUGGCAGGGGUGAAAGUAGUCACCGUAGAGAGAAAACUCUGGGUGUUCUCACUGUGUCAGAUUUUGAGUGCCCUCUCUGUAUUAGGUUGUUUUUUGAGCCAGUCACAACUCCCUGCGGUCACACCUUUUGUAAAAACUGCAUCGAGAGGAGUCUGGACCACAACCUCCGCUGUCCACUCUGCAAACAGCCACUGCAGGAGUACUUCAAAAACAGGAAGUACAACCCCACAAUUCUGCUUCAGGACAUCAUGACCCACCUUUUCCCCUCACAGUUGGCUGAGAGGAAACAGGUCCACGAUACUGAGAUGGCUGAGCUGUCCAAUCUUACUAAGGACAUCCCUAUAUUUGUUUGCACGGUGGCCUACCCGGGUGUUCCCUGCCCCCUGCACAUCUUUGAGCCUCGAUAUCGGCUGAUGAUGCGUCGCUGCAUGGAGACUGGCACCAAGAAAUUUGGCAUGUGCAGCUAUGAGCACGGAAGAGGGUUUGCAGACUAUGGCUGUAUGCUUGAGAUCCUCAGUCUGGAGCUGCUUCCUGAUGGACGGUCCUAUGUGGACACUUUGGGUGGCAGCAGAUUCAGGGUGCUAAAGAGAGGUCAGAGAGAUGGCUACCACACUGCUGAUAUAGAGUACCUGGAGGACCUGAAGGUUGAUGGUAGUGAGUUGGAGCUUUUGCAACACCUCCAUGACAGUGUCUACCAGCAGGCUCAGGACUGGUACCAGCGCCUGGGCAGCCGCAUUCGAGAGCAGAUCAACAGACAGUACGGCACCAUGCCGGAUAAGGAGGAAAACAUUCAGGCCUCGUCCAGUGGUCCGGCCUGGUGCUGGUGGCUGCUGUCUGUCCUCCAGCUGGACCCUGCCUAUCAGACCACUGUCCUGUCACUGACCUCACUCAAUGACCGCUUGGGACACCUCCGCCUUGUUCUUGAGUACUUCUCUCAGAGCUAGACCCCACAGCCCAGUGGUACUGUGACCACAGCUAGCCGAGAGUCAAAUAAUACGCACACACAGACAAAUGGAGUGAAACCAAUGAAUGCACUCACAACACAGAGUUGGGGGUUGGGUUUUUUGUACUACUCUGAAUCGUAGAGGGACAGUCUUAAAGUCACAGCUCAAGGCCAAAUCACCUGGUCGAAAGCAGAAAUACAGUGAUUUUAGUACAAAACACAGAGCAGUUGUUGUUGGAUCUUUGCCGUUUGAGUUUGCAUAUUUUAUCUUUCUUACACCAUUCUCUUCCCUGGGAAUUUAACGUGUCAGAGUAGUUUCUGAAUACACACCGUACUUGCUUUACCCGUAAGAACUGCAAGGUUGACCAAAGAUGCUUCUUACUUAGGGUCAUCAAAAGUGGUUCAUUAUUUUUUGUGGAUAAACCAAAUCUGUUCAUUUUCUAACUAAUAUUGCUGGAGAUGAACACUAGGUGUCACUGUUUUCUCUCCAAUUACUACAAACAUGAAGAACAUGCAACAGCAUCAGCUAAGCUAGAUCAGUAUAGUGCACUAGUGCUAGUACUGUCAUGUGUUGUCUAUUCAAAUCAGACUCUUUGCAUUAACAUAGUUACGUUUGCAGUGAGAAUAAACAUUAAUAGCACAACACAGUUAAUAGAGAAUUUUUCAGGAUUACGCACAUGAGGGGCUUAAAGCUCAUGUGUUGAAGGUAAUCAUUUUGGAUCCCCGAAGUGAUUGUCUUUUGCUGGAGGCCGCUACUUGUAAUACUUGCAUUGUAGUUGCAUCUGUUGGCCUUGAAAGCAAUUGACUGUUGCUUUUAUUUUAUGCUAUCUUAAAAGAUCCCUAUUUAGUAUUAGUAAAAUUGCAAUAAUAAUUUAUAGCGUCACUCAGCUGGAGGAGGGUCUUUUUGUUUUUUUUUUUUUAAAUAAACGAACGCUGCUUUCUUUGGAUGCUGUUCAUCAUCAUCUGGUGGAAAAAGUUUUCUGUGAAAUUCUGAAAAUGAGGAAAUGGGGUCAGUGAAUGGGCAAUUCAGGUGAACCGCCUUUGUUUUACAGAUUGAACCUGUGUGAAUAUGUAUGUUGAUGGUCAGGUACGGAUGCAGCACUGUAUGUAUGUGUGUCAGCUGUGAAGGAGUCAUUUUUGUCAGUCGCCAUUUUCAUUAACUGAUUAUUUUUCUUUUUCUUUUUUUGUAUUAGAUAUGGCAUGGUGUAAGCACUGAUAACAGCUACUGUCAUGUCCACUCCCUCGAGGUGCAAGACACAGUGUUUAACAUCUCUUGUGCAGGGACAGAUGUAAAAUAAUUUGCCAAGGGUCUGACUUGGGCUGAGUCCCCUUGCAGUGGCUAUGUGUAGGUCACAACCCCUACCUCUGGCCCCCUACUGUGUCUCCCUGUCUGUUUGGCCCCUCUAACACCAGUCAUGGUGCCUCUGAGUGCCUGGGCCAACUCAACUGGAGACCUGCAGGCCUUAGAGUCUCUCCGCGACGUAGAGGAUGAACUGUGUGAUUUUUUUUUCCAUUGAUUGUUAUUGAUAUGAUAUAGUGCUACAUUCCAUAGAAUGUUAAAGCUGCAGUGUUUGGUGUAGUUAAUUUACUAAGAAAUACGGGCUCAAGUGGGUGAAAUGAGACAGAACGUAUGUUUUGUUUUGUUUUUUAAUUUUGAUAAAUGUGCCAUAGAUAUUUCUAUGUUAAGUGUUUUAUAGGGAUGGUUAGCUGAAUAGUAACUGUGUUUAUGUUUGUCUACAUCACAGGCUCUGAAUUUCGGCUCUGACCCUCAUGCCUUUUGUAUGGUUGACAUUGAAGUACCAUCUUGUCAUGGCCAACAUAUCACUUUUUAAACACUCAGAGUUAAUCCAGCAAACACACUUAAAGAUAGAGUAUAGUUUAGUGUGAUAUUGUGUAUAUUUAGCUUAGAAUAAAAGUAACCAUGGUAACCAUGAGACUUGAUACGCACAAGAAUGUCCCACUGAAGGACAAACUAAUGGAUAGACUGAUGGAUACCGGGGCAGCAUUGGUUACCUGAGUAACAGGCUAAUCUCUGAACUCUGCCUUGGAAACUAACAUUUACUUAAGGGGUUCUUUUACACGGGUUGAUUGAUUUUGAAGUUUUUGAAGACAUCUGGGAGUAAGAUCGGAGUCUGAGACUUUAAUGUGCCAGUCACCACAACAUGUUUCCAAUGCUGGAGAUUUCCCUAUAAAAAUAGCAUGCAUCAUAAAGGUCAGUUUCCUGCUACCAGAUAUAAUUAAAAAUUACUCAAAUCAAAAAGGGAUUGAAAUUCUCAUGGAAUUUUUGAAUGACCAGCCUCAUAAGCGUGUUAAACGCACGACAGCAAUACAGGACUAUUGUCCAUGGCCACUGAGAUGAAUUUCACUCCCUUGUCCCACUUCCUGUCAGAGAAAACCAUAUUUUUGCACAGUGAAAUUAUUUUGUUGUGUUUUGUUUUCUGAUGCUCAGCUGAAGUGUCUAACACAUUUUUUUUUUUCCUGUUUUUCAAAUCAUGAAUAUUUCUGUUUAUCAUUUUUAUUACUCACUGAAUAAACUGGUGAUGUAUGUAGAUCACAGCAAUCAGUCUAAUAGUGGUUUACUGUUUAAACAGAAUUUAAUGUCUGCACCAGUGGGCUAAAAUGCUUAAUAUAUUUGACAAAUCAGUAAUUUCACAAUCGUAUUUUUGAUGAACUAUUUUUCAACAUAGAGUUAAAUUUGCCUAUAAUCUUUUAUUAGGUUCUACUUUGGUGUUGUUAGUGCAUCGCGGUGGAGUCAUGGUUCUUCAACUUUCAAAAGCUUUUGCCCCUUUUUAUACCGUGGCAGGCGUCCAUUAGCCAUAGUUGUGGUAUAAUUAGCUCUCAGAAAAUGUCCUCCAACACAGUUAAAACAUUUUGCACUGAAUCCACAUUGUCUCUAAUACAGAACACAGAGCACAUUAAGUAUCCCGUUCUCAGCAGCGCCUUCCUGUGAGAACGAGUCUUUCGCUUGUGAACCCCGGAAGGUGUGAUAAGCAUGAUGGUUGACAUAUUUCCAAUACGUGCUGCACCUCUGCAGGUAAUUUUGGCUUAUGUGGUCUGAUGGUCAGUGUUCUGUGGGCUGUGUGUAAACUAAAGACAUGACUGUUAUUCUCUGCAAAAAUAACCCCAUGCUAGUGUAUCUAAACCCUCUGAAACUGAAACCGUUUCUAUUUGAUUCAUUUGUAUUCAUCCCUCUGCCUCCAAGCCCAGAGCAGUAAAUUGUCUUGAUCUGAUUAUUGUUUAUUUGCUUGCCCCAUGGAUGACUUUUUAAA